AUGAGCGCACGAUGCCGAGACACUUCAGAUGAAAGUGAAGAUGAUGAAUUUACGCCAAUUAGUAUGGCAUACCCGUUGCAAAAAGCUGGAUCUCGAAUAAUUGACGUUGCGGAGUUGAACGAGAAGUAAUAUUUUGAUGUCUACUGUAAUAUCGGUUUUUGGGGAAAUGAGUUUUUGUAAAUUUUUGAAACUUUCGUUACAGCAGCCCAGAGAUCUUUUUAAGAUUUUUGUAAAUCUUUAGGUUAUUUUGUCAACGAAUAAAGUUUCUACAUCAAAAUUUAUCUGACAAGGCCAACAACCAUCUUCAUUACCUUUAAUCUUCAUUUACUAUUUUCAGUUUACAAACUCGGUCAAAGCAAGUGAGUCCAAUUAUUCAACGGUUUAACGCCCGUGCUACUAUUGCUUCUGGCGCACCUAGGCUUACAGCUGACGAGCGAGUGAGAUUAAGAGCAAAGACGCCACCUCCACCGCCAGUUAAUCACAAAGUUAUUCCUAAAACAGUGGCUUUUGGGCGGACUACAAAGCUUGAGGAUACAGUUGAGGUAAGAUUUUGUUAUUUUGUUUUGUGUUUAGGUUAAUAUUGAAAGAAGGGAAGAUGGACUUUUGAUUUUAUGGAUAAUAAGAAUUUGAUUUAGGUGACUAACAUAAAUUGAGGUUCUGAAGAAGAAUUUUUGGGGUUGGCGACUAAAAUACGUUUUAAAAGUUGGAGAAAGGAUUUAUCAAGCUUUUACGGGUCAAACGUUUUUGAAUUUAUUAAUAGUUUACGUUUUGCAUUGAUUUUAAAAUUAUCCAUGACAUCAACUCUUUGAUAUUAUUCUAAAAAGCUUAAGUAUUAUUUUUUGCUUGUAAUUUUAAGCUAAGCUUUAGGCAAAAGCAAAUAGAUUCUAUCCUCCCCCACUAAAUCGGGCCAAAUCAGCAUCAACGUUGACCAUGCAGAACACUGUCUCUCAUACGGUUAGUGCUCAAGUUCAGACUCUUCAGCAAACGGUAGAAGAGUUGGUGAAGAAGGUUUCAAGUCAGGAUAAGAAAAUCGACGAUUUGAAUCGUACGGUUUCUCAAUUGAAGGCUACUCAAGCUGUUACUUGCACUGAUAUUGUCAAAACGACUAAAACUUUGAGUGGACUUUCGAAUAGAUGUGUGCAGAAUGAGAAGGAUCUGGAGGAAAUGAAUGGAUUGGUAAGGGAAUUUGGCUUGAUUAAGUUUGGAAAUUGUGUAUAAGUUUAUUAUUUUUUAUACUAAUAUAGGUUUUCGAUUAAAAAAGGGGUUUUUGAUAUUGUUUUAGUUUAAAAGUCAGUGAUAAAGGCUAAACAUGAUGUGUUUGAUAAAUCAAACGCUAAAAGAUUUUAUUUUUGAAGUUUGAAAGUUAGUUUGAUCUAAUUUAAAAUUUUUAAGAUAAAGAAGCUUGAAAGGAUUGUCAACAAAGAAUCAGUGCCUUAUAUUAAUAUAGAUGGAGAUGAUCUUCCAGUAAUUGAUUGUAAAGGAUCUCUACGUGAUUUGAGAGACGGAAGAAGUGAUGGGCCUGAGGACAGCUUCUUGGCAGUAAGUUUUCAGAUUUUUCACAAGAAAUUUUUAAUUUUAAAAUAAAGUAAUGGCUUUAAAAUGAUAAAUUUCAUACCUAGUAUAACAUUAGAGAGUUUAAAUAAUUUUGAGCCUUUUAAAGAAAGUUUCCGUAGUUAAAGAGCUCAAGAUUAUUCGAACAAUUUUUAUAUAGGUUUAUAUCUAUAAUAGAAUAUGAUAAUUUAGAUGGAAAGAAGAGUUCAAAGAGAAGGCAGAGUGUCUCGAACUGGCAGUUCAGGACAAGUUCAGGCUAGAAGGGAACAACAUUUGUACGGUGAAAGACGGUUUGAUAUGGCCAAGGAGAAUUUGUAAGUACAAUUUUAAAGGCAUUUUUGUGUUAAUGAUAUAACAUUGAGAUGAAAAAUUAUGUUAUAAAGGUAUAUUUUAGCUUUUUUUCUAAAAAAUAUAUUUUUAGAGAGCCAGAUUCAGCCAGAUCCAUCACCAAAGCCUACUACUAUGUUCAACGUGAAGAAAUCCGAUCUCCAGGUCGUCAACAAGCUUCAACUCGACCACGCCUUCUCGAUGAACCUCCACGAGCUGAUCGUCCACGGCCAAGGCUAUCUAGGAAUGACAGAAGUCGCUACGACUACGGUGACACGUCGUUCCAUGAUGACAAAGAACGUCGCAAUGACAGACAACGUUAUGAUGACAAACUUCGCAUUGAAGACAAACCGCGUCACGAUGACCGUCAUGAGGAGAAAAUUCGUCAUGAUGACAGAGGAGCCGUCGACUAUACCCCGUCUAUGAAACAAUAUUUAGACCGAACGUUUACGGUGAAUAACGGUGAUCAGGAUGAUUUGUUUGAAUCAUGCACACCAACUCCAGACAGAGUACGGUACAAGGAGGAGAACUUGGAUGAUGUUGAAGAUCAAACUUUUGUCAGCACCGUUCCGAAUAACGUGGAUGCCAGAAGGAGAACCAAAACGAAUCACAAUAGACUUGUUGCUAGAAGGUCGACUAGGGGUCAUGAAGGUAAGGUUUUCGAUUUUGAAUAGGUUCUCAAUGGGUUUUUGACAGUUUUUUCUUGUUUUUUGGUUUUUUUUUAUUUUUGAGGUAUUUUCUGCUCUUCUUCAGGCAUAUUUUACUUUUUUUGUAUUAGCUUUGAGUGUUAUUCAGGCCUUUUUCGAUGUUUUUUUGAUCUUUUUUUUUUCUUGGUGUGUUUUUUUCGUGUUUUUGAGGUAAUUUUUGGUGUUUUUGAGGCAUUAGUUGCUGUUUUUUGUUCUAUUUGCUGUUCUUGAUUUAUUUUUUCUUGUUUUUGAGGUACAUUUUUUAUUUUUAACUUACUUUUUGCACUUUUUAGGGGCUUUUCUUUGUGUUAAGGCGCUUUUUCUUUAUUUAGAUUUGCAUAUUGCUCUUCUUCAGGCAUAUUUUACGUUUCUUGAGUCAGUUUUUGUUGCUUUUCAAGUACUUUUUGUUCUUUUUGCAGUAUUUUUCACUCUUUUUGAGUUACUUUUUGGUAUUAUUCAUGCAUUUUUUUCUGUUGUGUAAUGUUUUUGUUUUUUUUUCAGACAUAUUUUACUAUUUUAUUUAGUUGUUGUUGCUUUUGAGCACUUUUUGCGGGUUUUAAGGAUGCUUUUUGUACAAUAUCUUAAUAUCAAAAAAGUAUUUUUUACAUAUGUUUUAUGAUUUUAAAUUACUCUGUUUAAUUUUAGAAACCUUGGACAGUGACAUCCCGGAGAACUAUCAAACCUACAAAAGCCAGUACCAUCGCUGA